AGGAGGGAGGAGGCGGGAGGGAGGGGGAGGCGGGCUGCAGCCGAGAGCAGCGGCCACCGGGCACUGCCACGGACUCGCUCCGCUCCACCUGGCGGGACACCCUGUGUGCGGAGGAACUGGUCCUGGCAACAUGGUUUGCACGGUGGCCCCCAGCCUCACCGUGUCUCUGCUGCUGCUCCUGCGGGUCCUGCCCACGGCGUCCUACUCCGUGUCCUUCCUGGAGGACACGGGGGGCAGCGGGGAGGCCGAGGGCGCGUCGGCCUCCUCCCCGAGCCUCCCGCCGCCCCGGACCCCGGCCCUCAGCCUCACAUCAGUGGGGCCCCAGCCCACGCCCCUGGCGGGCCCCAAGCCCCCCACCAACUUCCUGGAUGGCAUCGUGGAUUUCUUCCGCCAGUACGUGAUGCUCAUCGCGGUGGUGGGCUCCCUGGUGUUCCUGCUGAUGUUCAUUGUCUGUGCUGCCCUCAUCACCCGCCAGAAGCACAAGGCCUCUGCCUACUACCCCUCGUCUUUCCCCAAGAAGAAGUACGUGGACCAGAGUGACCGGGCCGGGGGCCCCCGAACCUUCAGCGAGGUCCCCGACCGGGCCCCUGACGGCCGGCCCGAGGAGGCCCUGGAUUCCUCCCAGCAGCUGCAGGCUGACAUCCUCGCCGCCACCCAGAACCUCAAGUCUCCUGCCAGGGCCGCCCCAGGCGGUGGAGAAGGAGCCAGGAUGAUGGAGGGCAAGUCAGAGGAAGAGGAGAAAGGCAGCCGGGAGGUGGACCAGGAAGCUCAGGGAUGUGAGGUCCCAGCAGAGAAACCAGAGGUGCCACCGGAGGAGCCCUGCUCAGAGGAGGUGAACGGGGCUCUGGCAGCUGCUGAAGGUCAAGGGGAGCCAGAGGCGGCUCCCUCAUUAGCCCAAGAGGCCGGCGGCCCAGAUGGUCCCCCCGAAAACCCUUGUGCUUGCGGCAGUGUCCCCCCUGGCAUUUAACAGGCCUCUAGGGCUGCUGGCCCUGGCUGUUGGACUCCUGGCGGUCACCUCCUUGGGCACAGAAAGGCCCUCGGCCCUUACUGCGCCCUGACACCCCCUCCUUGGCCACUCCCCACUGCAAAUCCUGGCGUGUCUGAUCCUACUACAGCGGGCAGAGGUGCUGGUCUCUGUUCCACCCUCAGGAAUCUCACUGACUUCGAGAACACUUAUCCCUGCAGCCCCAAGGGCUACAUCCCAAAGCACAGCUCCUCUGGGGAAAUGGGGCUGGGGAUGUGUCCCCAUCUCAGCCACGUCUGUUGGGAAACAUUUGUCUCAGGUCUCUUGUGACAGUGCAAACAUGGCUGCUUUCCAUCAAGGUAGGAAAGAAAAACAGAAUAACUAGGAGUUUUGGAAAAGGUUGAACGGAUGGGAGAUGCAGAGGGGCCUGGGCUUGGAGCCGUUAGUGGUACCAGAGAAGAUUAGUCAGGAGGCUUCUGUGAGGGGCCCCUGCACACAUUACGAUAGGUCCCUAAACGAGCAUUUCCCAAACUGGGUUCCCCGAAAGAAAGAUUUUGAGGUCCAACAGAUGAGUUGAGGAAACACCGCUUCUCUGCUCUGUGUCCCCCACUUGGAGCCCUGAAAGGCUCUGACAAGUCCUGCAGUAAAGGUGCCCAUGGAAUCUGGUUUUGCUUAGCCUUUACCCCCAAAACUUUGGACCGUGGAGUCCUUCUGUUUCUGUUUUACAGCUACAGAGUAAAAUCCUGCAGAGAACAUUCUGAAAGUUACCACUCAACAUGUUCCCCAAGGCGCCCCUCCCCAGUUUCUGGUUGGUCCAGGGUGAGGGGUAUGGGGUGGUGAGGGCUCAGCUCUCUCAGAGAGGCUGCCUCUCAUCCCGCUACCACUGCAGGGAUGGGGCAAAUGAAUUGAACCUUUCUUGCCAGAUCCCCAAAGCAGCCUAGAAGCUGGGGGGCUGUGUGUGAGGGGACCCCACUCUGGGGGAAUCUGAGCGGGUGGGGGAGGGUUUCUGACACCCAGGCUGGAGCAGGCGGCCCUGGUCCCCCACCCCAGUUUUCGCACACACACAUCUGGUAGCCGGUGCCCACAGCAUGUUUUAGUCUUUGACAAGGGAGCCUGAGCUCCGUCCUGAUUUGGGGAGGCUCUGGGGGGGGUUCCUUUUCCCCAUCCCUCCAUCCGGACCCCUCCUCCUCUGCACAACUUUCCAGGUGCUGGAGUAUAACAAACCAGCACAAUAAACCUUUAUUCUGGCCUGAG